GUUACAUGCUCUCGUGCACAGAUCGCGAAGUCUGAUCGGCACGAUUGCCAAGUGGCGGUGAAGAUAGUCUCGAAGUUCCAGGCGCCCGGAGAAUACCUCACGAAAUUCCUACCUCGCGAGAUCGAGGUGGUCAAAGGCUUAAAACAUCCAAAUCUCAUUCACUUUCUGCAGGCGAUAGAAACCACACAUCGGGUGUACAUUAUUAUGGAAUUUGCGCAAAAUGGCAGCUUGCUCGACGUUAUACGACGCGAUACUUAUAUCGACGAGUUACGUAGCCGUAGAUGGUUCCGACAGCUUUUGGAUGCCAUCGAUUAUUGUCACGAGCACGGCAUAGUGCACAGAGAUGUAAAGUGCGAGAAUCUGCUCAUGGAUUAUCGCUUCAAUGUUAAAUUGUCUGACUUUGGAUUCGCGCGUGGGCAAAUGAAAUCGAAGAACGGCGAGUGGCCUCUCAGUACAACUUACUGCGGCAGUUAUGCCUAUGCAUCGCCUGAAAUUCUACGAGGAAUCCCUUAUCAGCCUCAACUCGCCGACAUAUGGUCCAUGGGCGUGGUGCUUUAUGCUAUGGUUUACGGUCAGCUGCCGUUUGACGAUACAAAUUACGCACAUCUGCUAAAGGUAUCCAGGUAUAUGCCAAGACCAGUAUACUCAAUGUAUACUGAGGUCGAGACCAACCUUUCCGACGCUUGGCUCGAGACAUCUGUUGUCGCUCAAACAUCGAUCAGCGACCGAUUUAUUGGAGCAUUAUCUACAAUACCUGCAACUAAAGAAUCCAAAGUAUUUGACGAAUGCGUAGUAUCCAUUGAUCCUGCAAUUUUUCAAGGGAAUGAGAGAUCGAAAGAUGUUGUUGACGAAGAUAACACAGGAAUCAAAAAGACUGACUUAAACGCAAAACCAUAA